AGACCGCAGUCCGCAGUCGAUGGUUGUCGUUCGCUGACGAUAGACACCAAACAAAAUAAAAGUUCUAACGAGGAGUUUGAGAGCUUUGGGGAGGCUAAAGUUCUUCGGGAAGUGCAAAUCGGCGCGCUUCGAUGACAUCAUUCUUGUGGUAUUUGUGAUCAAAUUGCUCCAAGUGUUGUGGGUGUUGGUAUAGAAUCCGAAUGAGAUUCUCUGCAAUUCCUCUUCAGAAUUUCAGCUCUGAAUCACAGCCAAACUGUUGCUGAAGAGGUGUGUUUGACCUUCAGGUGCCGCCACCCUUACAAUUUUCCUGUUUUUUUUUAUCUUUUUGUAAAUGGAAGAGUCCCCAAAAGUUGGAGUUAGAUGUGUGAAAUCAAUAGGAUCUUUAAAGUUUGUUGAAUGCGAGAAUGUUUGAGAAGAGGAAAAGGCUUGUAAGACGUCACUAGGUGAAGGAAAAAACUAUCGAUUUGCCCCCUUUUUCCCGCACUAGUCAAGCCCCAAGAGGAUGGCAUGUGCACUAAAAAGGCAUUAAUUUGGCGACUUGAAGGCUCCAUAAAUAAUUUGCGUGACAUAUUUUUUAUGUACUCUCUCGCCUUAGUUUUAGCAUUACGAAACUGUGUGGAAAUUUUGUUUGAGAUACACACCCAGAGUGCCUUAUCAGUGACUUGCCGGAAUAAAAUCGAUUAGAUAAGCAGCCCUGUGAAGAUGUUCUAGCAGCAGUUGUCGUGAAGAAACAUCAUGGAUUUGGUCACGUUACCUCCGUGUUCAAGACGUUUGGAGGGAAUGCCUCAGGAACCUACCCCAGAUCCGUCUGUUCUUAAGAUCUCUUCAACAUUCCUCACUAGUACACCCAUUAAGACUGAACAGGAUAUCCUGGAAAAGUCUAUGCCAGAGGAUGAUCCCAAUUCCAAUUCAGAGGUCAAUAUAGUUGAACUUAAAAAGGGUCCACGAUGGGGACCCCAACACAAGGGAGCCCAAGAAUUGGCCAAUCUCUACAGCUCAGGGAAACGCACUCAAGAAAUUAUCUGCGUUUGGCUCUGCAUUAGCCUUAUGAUCCUCAACCUCUAUCUCAUAGUAAGACAUUUUCGUUUUGAGAGGGUUAGCAUUGUGAUUAUAGCUGCUCUCUGUGGUAUCCUAACAGCAGACUUUGGAUCGGGUUUGGUCCACUGGGCGGCAGAUACCUGGGGCUCUGUGGACCUACCAAUAAUUGGAAAGAAUUUUCUGAGACCCUUUCGGGAGCAUCACAUUGAUCCGACCUCUAUCACUCGUCAUGACUUUAUUGAAACAAAUGGUGACAACUUUAUGAUUGCCAUUCCAAUACUUGGAAAGUUGGCCUACAAUUUCUUAGCCCGUACUCAGGCGGAAAUUCAACAGGAUUUUGCAUUUAGUGCCUAUCUUUUUCUAUGUUCAAUAUUUGUGGCAAUGACAAAUCAGAUUCACAAAUGGUCUCACACAUAUUGGGGUCUGCCAAAGUGGGUGGUGCUCCUUCAGGACUACCACGUAAUGCUGCCUAGACGUCAUCAUCGUAUCCACCAUGUAGCACCACACGAAACAUAUUUCUGCAUAACAACUGGAUGGCUAAAUUGGCCUCUCGAGAAAAUUAGAUUUUGGACGUGCCUGGAGAAUCUAAUUGAAUAUACAACUGGAUGUCGGCCACGGGAUGACGACAUGAAGUGGGCCCAGAAGACCCAGUGAUGCUAUUCUUGCCACCAACGUUCUUCUCUGCCUUCUUCUCACAUGGAAAUUGAUGAGCUUUAAAGCUUGGGGCCCCAUAACGCUUUUCUGAGCGAAAAAGACCUCAACUCUGGUGCUAUAAAUUUCAUAGCUAGCUUGUGCUUGAGAAUAUCUCAAUCGCAACUAUUACAUGAUUAAGUAAUAAAUUUAAAGUUGAGCUUUAGCAAAAAUUCCCAAAUAACUGGAUAUAGAACAUUUCAACCACAACAAAUUAAAAAAAUAUACAUAUAUAUAUAUAUAUGGAUCAUGUCAGAGAGAUUAAUAGGAAAUUUUAAUAUAAACCUUGUUAUUUGUAAAUUUUCUAUCGAUAGUAUAACAUUUUGCUACGGCAAUAAAAAUUUUUUGGGGACCACCAUACAUACAACCUUGUAUAAAUAAAUAUUGAAAUUUGCACUAAAUAAGUUAAUUAUUUUUCAGUUGCCAACAAUACCUGUCAAUUAUGUGUAAAUUUAUCCUCCAUUUCCAGUCUUUGCAACCACAAAUUUUCAUUAAAAUUUUCUAUUGAAAUAUUAAUCAGAAAUUCUUUAAUGUUUGCAAUAUAAAUGUGUUAAAAAAUUUAUAACUCCCUUUAUUUGUUAUUUAUUGCAAUUACUAUAUUGAAAAUAAAUUAUGACAGUUCUCUAUGUAUCAGUUA